AGACACGCUUCCUCCGCACGACACACCCACACGAGCAGAGAAAAUAAAAAAAAUGGAAGCGGGGCACCACGGCGGUGACCCCUCGCCGGCGCCGGCGCCGGCCACCGGCGGCGACGAGGAGCGCCUUCGCACUGUACGGAUCCUGUGACCUUCGUCUCCGGAUUCUGCUCGAGAGCGCGCUCGCGUCUAGCUUGAGGGUAUACAUAGAAGGUCGUCGUUUCGGAUGGAGGAGGUGGGGGAAGUGGAGGAGGAGGAGGAGGCGGCGGCGGCGGCGGUGGUGGUGGCGGCGGCGUGCGAGUGCUGCGGGUUCACGCAGGAGUGCACGGCGCCGUACAUGGCGGCGGUGCGGGCGCGGUACGGCGGGAGGUGGAUCUGCGGGCUGUGCGGGGACGCCGCCGGCGAGGAGCUGGGGCGCGCCGACCCGCCCAUCUCGCCCGGCGAGGCGCUCGACCGCCACGCCGCCGUCUGCCGCGCCCGCCGUGCCUCCGUGCCGCCGUCGCCCGAGGAGAAUGCCGGGGACCUCAUCGCCGCCGUACGCGUGCUCCUCCUCCGCCGCCUCGGCUCGGGCGGCGCCUCCUCGCCGCCGCCGCCGCCGAGGAGGGUAGUCCGCUCCACGCCGAGCAGCCCCAGGCGCGGCGUGGGCGGCGCCGCCGACGCGUCCGACGCCGUCGUCGUCGCCGCCGCCAGCGUCGCGCUCGCGCGCACGGGAAGCUGCUUCGCGGCGCUCCUGGAGUGACACGGCUCGAGCUUUGUGUUCGCGCCAGAAUUGCAUUGCAGCAGGGCUUCCUUUCCAAAAGAAGGAACAUAGUACCUUUGCCUGCGUAUAGGGAGCUUGUGCUUGAAUGUAGUACAGUAGUUUCCAUUUGUAGAAAAUUACCAUAAUUUAAUAAAGAUGUUUAUAGAGAUGCAUGGAAGAAGGUAAUUAGAAAUGGAAACAUUUCAUUACAUUCUCUUAGCCCAUCGAAGAGGUUUGCAAAGCAUUUGCAAAAUAUUGCUGCC